ACAUCGUGGGAAAUCGUCGAAGAAGAGGUUGGGUUCAUUCAUCGCCUCCUCUUUCUGUCAUUCUUAAUCAUGUCAAGCUUUGUGUUUAUGAUUGUGUAAAUAUUUUGUAUAUGUGUAUUUGUGCAUGAAACUAUUGCAUUUUAUCAAUUAAAUAUAGUUAUCAAUUCAACGACAACCUUAAAGUGUAGCAAUUUCGUGAAGUUACCUCGAAACAUGUUAAAUGGACGGUAAUACAAUUAUUUUUUACUCUAAACCGGUACAAGAUGAACUUUUGCUCUAAAAUGUUGUGUAUUUAGAGUGAGGAAAUUAAUUACUUCUCUCGACAAGCUCAGAACAGAAAAGGAUGUUAUAAAGUAGCAUGAGCGUAUAAAAUUUACGAAGACAAUUGCCAUUUAUGAAGUUGUAUCUACAAGUGUUAUUUAACCAUGAACAAAACAGUGUUUGUUCCCGUCUUAGUUGUAUUAUUUUCUUUGGCAUUAAUAUUAUGUCAAGAAUACGAGGACGAUGAGGAUUAUGAGGAUAUAUCUAAUAUAAAUUCUACAUCAAACGGUUCUUUGACUUUUAUCACGAAAUUGUCAAAUGUCACGCGUAAUGUAGGCAAAGCAGCUAAAUUCGUAUGCGAAGUAAAAAACUUGGAUACAAAUCACACCAAUUCUAAAGUAUCAAUUAGCUGGCGACACUUCGUACCCGUGGAAACCAAUGAAAAAUAUAAAAUUGCAAAUAAGCACAAAGAGAAUUUGUAUACUUCAACUUUAAGAAUAUUAAAUUUAGAGUAUUUCGAUAGAGGAUUUAUUGAAUGUAUAGCAAGAAAUGGAAUAGAAAAAAUUAGGUCUGUUAGUUAUUUGGACAUAAAUCAGGAACCAAAUAAAUAUGGUAGUACUGUUAUUAAUUCAUUGAAGACUGAAAACAGCGAUCUAAACAGUUAUGGAGAAAUUACAACAUUUGUACCCAACAGUAUCGCAAAAGAUAGACACAAUGAUUUUUUAACUACAGUAGGUAGCAAAUCUAAAACAUUUUCGGCACCAAUUCAAUUUGAUUUGGAUUCAAGUGGUAAACUACCAGAAAAUGUACCUAAACCUUAUAACAGUUCACAACCACUAUGUCAACUUUACGUUGGGCAAAAAUGCAGGAAACACCUAGCUGGAAAGUUUGUUUUUGUGCAACCACCAUAUUCUCAAAAAGACAUUGAGGAUAAAUUAGAUGCUGCGUUUUUAGUAAUUUCACAAUCGAAUGAUAUAUCACCUAUCUGCAGUAAAUUCGCUGAACCGAGUGUUUGUUUUUCGGCAUUUCCUUUGUGUAUUGACCAUGAACAAAUUGACGAAUACCAUACACAACAUUUCUCAGAACUCAGCAGUUUAACGAGCGACAACAAACAGAAAUUCAAGAAUAUACGCACAAAAUUGACAAAUUCACUUAGAAGAAUAUGCAGAGAUGAAUGUUUAUUAUUGGAAAAUGAACUUUGUAGCAAAGAGUACAGCAUUGCCAAAAGACAUUUAGUUAUAAGUCAAAUUAUGGAAUUAGAAGUUUGUGAGCAACUGCCAACAGAAGUCGACAUCAGUUCUAAACAUUGUCUUACUCUUGGUGUUGGUGAACUUAACGUAGAUAGAGAGGAAGAAUGUUAUUGGGAUACUGGAAAAUUAUACAGAGGAGUUCAAGAUAAAUCAUACACUAGUAAACCCUGCCUUAGAUGGGCACAUCAAUUUCAUAUUCCUACUUCAGAUAAUCCCGAAUUGGCAGGUCACAAUUAUUGUAGGAAUCCAAAAGAAUUAGAAAAAGAACCCUUUUGUUAUAUUGACCAAAAUCAAAGAGAAGUAUGUGGAGUAAAUAAGUGUGUUUAUGUAUUUGGUACAUACAUUGGAGGCUCGAUAGUGGCUCUUAUUGCAGUUGUAGCUGCUUUCGCAUACUGUUAUUGUAAUAGAAAAAACAAACUUACAAGAAAUCUUCAAAACAAGGAUUUACCGCAAGUUAGUAAGAAUAUUUAUGGUAGUCCAGGUCCCAGUGCCCCAAUGGAAAUGAACUCUUUACUACCGCCUCACCUUCCUCCCCAUAGAAGUAAUCACGGAUCUAACAAAAACAGUAUUCAAUCAGUGCCUCACUAUACUUUUAAAGAAGUCAAAUUUUUAGAAGAACUUGGAGAGGGAGCUUUUGGAAAAGUUUAUAAAGGUGAACUUAAAGCGAAGACUGGUAAAAUGUUUGUAGCUGUUAAAUCAUUAAAAGAAAAUGCCAGUGCUAAAACUCAGGCAGAUUUUCAACGAGAAAUUGAAUUGAUAUCAGAAUUGAAGCACCCUAAUAUCAUAUGUCUAUUGGGUGUUGUUGUGAAACAAGAACCAAUGUGUAUGCUAUUUGAAUACAUGUCUGAGGGCGAUUUACAUGAGUUUUUAAUAUCAAACUCUCCCGAAGAAGGGAAAUGCUUAACACACAAUCAAUUCUUAGAUAUAGCAAUUCAAAUAGCACAAGGUAUGGAGUACCUUUCUUCAAAUCAUUAUGUACACAGAGACUUAGCAGCGAGAAAUUGCCUUGUAUCCAAAGAUUUAGUGGUUAAAAUUAGUGAUUUUGGAUUAAGUAGAGAUAUGUACAGUUGUGAUUAUUAUCGUGUACAAUCCAAAUCACUGUUACCCGUUAGGUGGAUGCCACCUGACUCUAUAUUGUAUGGAAAAUUUACUACUGAAAGUGAUGUUUGGUCAUAUGGAGUAGUUUUAUGGGAAAUUUAUAGCUACGGAUUACAACCUUAUUAUGGUUAUAAUAAUCAAGAAGUUAUAAAUAUGAUAAGAUCAAGAAAAUUAUUACCUUGUCCAGACGCUUGCCCUAGUUAUUGUUAUGCUCUUAUGGUAGAGUGUUGGGCAGAACAAGCAAACAGAAGACCAAAUUUUAGCGAAAUUGUACAUAGAUUAAAAAUUUGGCGACAAAGUGGAUCUACAAAUGGAGCAUACUUUAAAACAGCUCCUACACCACAGAAGUAUAGUCAAAGUUUGAAAUCGAAUCAUACGUCUGAUUCUCAAUCUGGAUGUCCUGGAGAUAUUCAGAUGUCUUUUACCUGGGAAAGGGAUCGGCACAAACCUACAUCGAGUAGGUUAAAUGAUAGUCAAAGCAGUUUAACGUCACGGUCUUCAAGUUUGGGCAACACAACACAAAGUACAGUAAUAAGCAACGAAACUCAUAAAGAAAAACGUCCAAAGAAGAGUAUUGAUUCUUUAGAUAGGCUAAAUCCCAAAAAUACAGUUGUAAGCAGUAGCGGUAAUGGUGACGGAGUUGAAACUAAAAUUACGUUGUAAAUAUUUAAAAUUAUUAUUAAUACAUACCAUUAUUGAAUUUAAAAAAUAUCCAUUAUUACAUUUUGUCCAAGUAACUAAUUUUAUAAAGAACCAACAAAAAUCAUGAAUCUCUAUAGUAUUUAUUAUUCAAAAGCAAUACGCGAAUUAUUACCUUAUCUUUUUAUGUUUUAAUUUUUGAAGUAGUCCGGAUUUUCUAGAUGCAACUCGUUUAGGUAAAAAAUCGUUCACUAGUAACAAUAUACAAAUAAUGAAUAUGGAAAUGUUUUCAUGUAUUUUCACCAGCGUCAGAUUAAGGAGCUAGCGGGGCGGAAGCCCCAGGCCCCGAGUUAGUGGGGGCCCCACAAAACUACUAAUUUGAUCAUUUAUUUCAACAGCAAUAUUGGAUCUACAGCAAAAUUUUAUAUCAUUUAUGAAAUAAGAUUUGAAUUUAUUUUUACUUUUAAUUUAUAUUCAAUUUGAAACUAAUAUUACAUUUAAAAAAGUUAGAGCUGAUUUGGAUUUCCUUAAGUGGGCCUCCGUUCAAUUCUUGCCCCAGGCCCCACUACUUUUUAAUUCAACGCUGAUUUUCACUGUUUUCUGUUCACUUUGUUUAUUUUUGUUUUGGUUCUCUAAGAACAUUGAAUACAUUCAGUCACUCUUUAACAUCGCCAAAAAUUGUAUACAACAAUUUAUUUCAAAUCAUAUGUUUUUUAUCUACUUUUAUAAAAGUAUGUAUAUUAAUGUGUCAUUGUUAUUCAUUGAUUCAAUCUAAAUAUAUGUUAUCUAUUUAAACUUCAUGUGUAAUUGUUGGAUUUGUUUAAGUUAUUGGGAUUUAUACCAAAGAAGUCAAUAUAUAUUUUGCAAUGUAUGUAGCUAAUAAGCAGGAUACAAUAUCACACUAUAUUUUUAAAUUCAAUUUCUUACAGUUUUUCAGAGGAAGUGUCAAUUAAAAAAGAAUCAUAGGAGGGAUGCAUCCGUAAUUCAUGAGUUUGCCUUCCCUAAUCAUUAAAAUUAGUGAGAUGAUUAGUUUGAUAGUCCUUGCACAUAUGACGAUCUGUGUCGACGUGAAUAUCUUAAACUACUGGUAGUAUUUUUCUGGAAAUUUGUGUAUAAACAUUACCCGGGACUCUUUUGAGUUCAAAUAUCACCGUCACAACUUCUUUUUAUACAAGAUGUGGAUCUUAACUGUUUCGAGCAACCUAGUUGUAGAUUCACACAGUGAUGUUGCCUCUUAGAGGGCAGUACCUUAGCGUCUAUAAUCUAAAACUCUACCACGUGCUCUAAUGGACAUCUUCUAUAAAGGAUAUUAACUUGACAUAAAACAGAUUUUUAAAAUUUCAAAAUUACAUUCCAAAAUAAUUCACAAUCAUUAUUAUGAUAUAUAACUCUUCUAUUUUCUAACUGAAUUUCAUCAUUACCAUAGACUUUUUUGAAAUUAAUUUGCGGAUCAUACGCAGAAACCGAUGUUAAUCGACACAGCUCGUCGAACCAGUUCACGAAACACAAAAAUCACAACGUGAGUCCGAAAAAUCUCCCUAACUGUUAGUUUAUAAAUAAAUGCAAAUAAAGAAGUAUUAAUCAAAACAAGCACCUUAUUCAUUUCCACUAUUGUUGUUAGCUAAAAAUUGAAUAUAUACUGACUCCUUUUAAAAAAAUAUUGAUUUAGUUAAUUUAUCUAAACAUAAAUGCUCUCAUUAUUUUUAAAAAAUGAGAUAAUUUCGAUUCAUUUGCAUAUUUCUUUACGUUAAAGGGGUUGUAACAUCAGCUAGGGUUCCUAUAAAGUGAAGAAGUCUCUGAAAGUAUAACUGAAUCAUUGGAAGUGUUGGUGGUAUAAUAUCUACACUACCACAGUUGUGAAUACACACUUCGUCUUUGAAAUUAGGGUCAUGCUAUUUCUGAGUGUCGCAUAUACUUUUUGUUGCGACUAUAGUUGGAAUGAAAUAUUAUCUUGAGGAAGCAAGUCAAUUACGCAGGUCGUGAGUAGUAUUCUCGCCCAUACAACAAAACCGUGAGAAUCCGAAUUUAUCCAGGUUCUUUGUAUAUGCUCCAACAAACAUAGAAUCUCUUUUUGUAAAUAUCAUUAGAAACAUAUCUUAACGGUUUAUUGUAUAUAACAUUCAAUUGUUUUGAAUUUUAUUCUCUUUGUUUUCAUAUUUUAAACCGUUGCUUAUAAUUUUGGUGUUUUUUGCCAUUUUUUGCACAAGAAAAUUACACUUGUAAUUUUUUGAAAUCACAACAUUCAAAUUCAUUAUAAAAAAGUAUAUUUUAAAUUUUGCAAUGGGAGGAUUGGAUUACAUUAAAUUAUCAUCAACUAUUUUAGUUAUAAUCAGAAAAUUAUAUGAAACUGAAAGACUAAUCCUUCAAAUACUGUUGGUGUUGUUAUCGAUUGGAGUGGUGAUAGAGGGUCACAUUAUACUAUUCAAUUAGUUUCAUACAAAUAUAUGGCAGCUCAAACUGAAAAAAUUUAUAGUAAUUGUAUUUUUGUAAAUAGUUUAGUAAUUACAGUCCUAUUAUGCCAAAUUUUUUAUAUAAUAUAUAUUAAUGAUGUACCAAGUUUCCUUGUUUUAUGGUUUGGAUGUUUUAUUUUUUUUUAAAAAAGUUUUUAAAUGUGAACAAAUAUUUAUAAAACUAUACUGUGUGUUUGUGUGAUUUUAUAUUAUAAAUAAAUGUAACAUUAUUAUUAAA